AUGGAACAGCACCUUCGAACUAACAUCACAACAACUAGUUAUAUCGAUUUCUCCGAUACUCAAGCCACAAAUCUUGAGAUAGCCGUAAACUUCGAGCGUUCUAAUUGGGCCCUGGGAUCUGCGACGCAAGACGAUUUCUACAAAGCUCCAGCCAACACCUCUUCGUUACCACCCGGUAGUGUCAUCAAGGUCCAGUACUUUGUUAACACGACGUCGUUCGCCUUACCACCAAACACAGCCCUUAGCAGGCUCUCAUACACAACGAAGAACCUACUGAAUGACACAAUUCCAGCAUCUGCUUAUAUUCUAUGGCCAUACCUGCCACUGACUUAUCCAAAUCUUUCAAGUCCAAGACCAGGGACGAACAGCUCCAAAUUCCCGGUUGUUGCAUGGGCCCAUGGCUCGUCGGGUGUCUUUGCAGAAUGUAGACCAUCAAACCUUCGCAAUCUGGAAUCUCAAUAUUCUGCGCCGUAUGAGUUGGCCUUGAGUGGCUAUGUCGUGAUUGGAAUUGCACACCCUUACCUUGUAGGAUCAGCAGCAGCCGACGACCUGUUCUACGCCGUGCAAGCGGCUCAAUCAGCAUUUGCUACUAGGCUUAGUAAGGAAUUUGUAAUCAUGGGUCACUCACAGGGAGGGUCCGCAGCGUGGGCUUCUGCGAUCAGGCAGCAUAAUACGCCAGUGGACGGCUAUCUGGGUAGUAUCGCUGCGUCACCAUCCACGAAUCUUAGUGGCUUGAUUACUGCGCUUGGUCAAGCACUUCCGCCGCUAUUGCCUAUGUUAGGCACACAGGCGAUCAAAGCUCUGCAUCCGAACUUCAAUAUCUCGCGUCUAUUGACAGCCGAAGGUCAAUCCAGAUAUCAACUAGCAAAAGAUAUCUCGAUGUGUAACUCCGCUACAGGUGAGCUGCUAGCUGACUUCCCAACAUCUGAUCGAGGCGCCCUGUUACACCCAAACUGGACGACUGUGCCGGAAGUUGCUGAUUUCUUUGGUGCAACUGCUGGACCUGGAACGUUGCCCAUAUCAGGUCCGCUGCUUGUGCUGCAGGGAACAAGUGACCUGGUCGUCCCAUAUCAGUUUACCGAUGCUGCUGUCGCCCAGACCUGUGCUAUCAAUAAUGGAAGGGGUGUUCACUACGCAAAAUUCGCAGGUGUGACACAUGUUCCUGUGCUUUAUGCUUCGAGAAGGAUAUGGCUGGACUUUUUAACCAACAGAUUCAGUACUGUUGGCAAUGUGACCACGAGCAGGACCUGUGUGACGGUGAACCACACAUCGUUACCGUUUCCAGUUGAGAAUUAUCAACGUGAGCUCGGCCAUCGCUUGGAGUUAAACACGCAGAGUUACCAGCAGGGCCGCCUGGGGUUUUAG